UUGGUAUGACUGCAGAUGCAGGUGUUGGAUUGCAAGAAUUAUGUCAAUUAAAUAAAUUUUCCGAUUAUUUGUACUAUAAAUAUUAUUUAAUGCUUGUACAAAUCAAAAAUCAUUAUGGGUUUAGUACAUGCUAAAGAACCAAAUACUCCGAAUAUUCAACAAAAUAUUCAUUCAAAAAAAUUAAGAAACUUUCAAAAACCAGAAUCAUCUGAUUCAAAUAAUAUUAAUAGUUCAAAUCAUAUAAACAUCGAAGGUGUAAAGGCUCGAGUGGAUAAAAUUUUUGUAGAAGGACUUGGAAGAACAAAAGAUGAUAUCGUCAUUCAUUGUGUCCGUGAAAUGUUCAAAGCUCGUGACUUUUCAGCGGUUUUACAUACAGCAACAAAAGCACGACAACAGUUAGAAAAUUUGGGUUGUUUUAGAAAUAUUGGAGUGUAUAUCGAUACAAGUAAAGGGCCAAAAUCAACUCCUGAAGGUUUAGAUGUAACAUUUUAUGUUAAAGAGCAUAAGCGAAUUGUUGGAGGUAUAUCAACAUCAGUUGGAAAUAAUUCCGAAGGUAAUUUAAUUGUGGGUUUACGUUCACCAAAUGUUUUUGGUCGUGGAGAACGAGUUCAGUGUGAAUAUAGCUAUGGGUCACGCAAAACAGAUAAUAUUUCUUGUAGCAUAACGAAACCUUUAUUCACGAUGAGAAAUAGUAGUAUAUCGGCUGGAUUUUUUCAAACCGGCUCUGAGUGGCCUUGGUCUGGAUAUCGAUUAGUAGAUAAAGGCCUUAAUGUUGAUUUCCAAUUCAAUUCACUGCCAUUAAUUAAACAUAAUUUGCAAUGGGAAGGUGUUAUACGCAAUUUGAGUGUAACAUCGCGAACAACUUCGUUUGAUGUUCGUGAAGAAUCUGGUCCCAAAUUAAAGUCAGCAAUAAAACAUAGCGUAUCAAUAGAUCAAAGAGAUCAUAAAAUCUUUCCAACUUCAGGAAGUUACUUUGUACUUACAUCAGAAUUUGCUGGACUUGGAGGAAAUGUUGGUUUUCUCAAAAAUGAUGCUUUAAUUCAAACCAAUUAUUCAAUUGUUAAAGAUAUAGUGGCACAGUUAGUUUUGCAUGGAGGGUUUCUAAAAGGUAUCGGAGGUAAAGACAUAACUGCACAUGAUAAAUUCUAUUUAGGCGGUCCCCAAACUUUACGUGGAUUUCAAACCCGUGGAGUUGGUCCCCAUUCAGAUGGCGAUGCCUUAGGUUCAGAUAUUUUUUGGGCUGCUGCCUUACAUAUAUACACUCCAUUACCGUUUCGCCCUGGAAAGGGAGGUUUUGGUGAUUUAUUCAGAACACAUGCAUUUGUAAACCUUGGUAGUAUUGGCAAUUUUAAAUUUGAUGACGAAAUAUUAAAUAACUUAAGAUUACUGUCAACUGAAAUGAGAUUAGCAUAUGGACUGGGUAUUGCAUUAAAAUUAGGUGAAAUAGCAAGAAUCGAAGUAAAUUAUUGUAUACCAGCAAUGUGGAAGAAAGGUGAUCGACUUAGUUCAGGGAUACAAUUUGGUGUUGGCGUUAAUUUCUUAUAAAGAACUACAACUUAAACGUCAUCAAAUGAUGUUCCAUGUCGAAUGUGAAACAAUAUCGUAGUCAUGUAUAUAAAAAUCAUAAUAUAUGUAUUUAUGACGUACCAUAAAAAAGUUUAUGGCCGUUCAUAAAUUUUUCAUUUGUGAAACAGCCAGUUUGUUAAUUUAUUCGUAAAUAAAUGUUAAUUUUUCAGUUUCAAUAUUUUACUUAUUCGAUUUUAUUCGUUUUAUAUUUUAUGACAAGAACAGGGAUCGAGCCCCUUUAUAAUAGAGCUUUAUAUAUUUUUAAUAUUAAAUAAAGUAUUAUAAAUGCAAA